AGAGCAUUGAGAAUAGCUUAUCCAGAUCUGUUAUACGAUGAAGCCCUUGAAAUUUCAAACUUACAGUAUCUGAGUACUCGUAGAGACAUCUCUUGCAAGAAAUUCGUCGAAUCUCUGCGACGUGAUGUUUCACCCUACAACCCUUUGACCCAAAUUAUGGAAAUUCGUCCCGGG